UUUGCAUAGAAACUCAGUCUGUUCCAGUUCCAAUCGACUCAGUGACGGCCACAGUGUGGGUUCGACGGAGUUUGUGAGAGGGACAAUGAAAGAAGGCAAGGAGGAGACUGAGUUCGUCUCUCCAGGUGAAGUUCUCGGAAAAAUUUCGGACUUAAAAGCUGGAAGAGGCGCUUAUGUUGCCAACAACACUGUUUAUGCUUCUCUUUCUGGUUUCCGCCGCAUUAUUCCCCCUCCGACUGCCUCUUCGGAUUUGAAAUCAACUGUGGAAGUGACUGGUCAUAAGGCCCAUGGAGCUGUUCCAGCUCCUGGAUCUAUUGUCAUUGCUCGAGUCACAAAAGUAAUGUCUAGAAUGGCAUCAGCUGAUAUCAUGUGUGUUGGUCCGAAUUCUGUGAAGGAGAAGUUUACUGGAAUUAUAAGGCAACAAGACGUUCGAGCAACGGAGAUUGAUAAAGUAGAUAUGCAUUUAUCAUUUCGUCCUGGUGACAUUGUCAAAGCUCUUGUUCUUUCUCUUGUAGAUGCAAGGGCCUAUCAUCUAUCAACUGCAAAAAACGAACUCGGCGUCGUCUCUGCCGAAAGUACAGCAGGUGCAGUGAUGGUUCCCAUAAGUUGGACAGAAAUGCAGUGUCCAUUAACGGCCCAAAUUCAGCAAAGAAAAGUUGCCAAAGUUGGAGGACACCAGAUUCUCUCUUACUCACCUCCAAUGGCUUCUCUUCACCUUCUUCAACCUCUCACUUUUCUCUCUUCCCAUUCUGCCCCUCUCUUUUCCCAAUAUUCCCAUCCGAUCCGCUUCAAACCCUCCUUUGCCCAAAAGCCCCUUUCACCAAAACCCCUCACUCUUCCCUUUGCUCUCGCCGAAUCCGACUCCGCCAAGUCCUUAGAACCCGACCCCCAAGUUCUCCUUCAAGAACUGGCCGACAGUUUUGAUCUCUCGCGAGAUUACUUCGAAAAACUUCCCCGUGAUCUUCGUCUUGAUCUCAAUGAUGCUGCGUUUGAUCUCUCUAAUGGACCCGUUAUUGAUGAGUGUGGUCAAGAAAUGGGUGAAAUAUUGCUAAAUCUCUCUCGAGCAUGGGAAGUAGCUGACACCUCCACUUCACAUACUUUAGUAAGCAAGCUCCCCUCGUUGGUGCAAUCUUUGACUGAAAAUUACAAGUCAGGACUUGGCAAGCGUUUGAUAUCUGCUGGAAGAAGGUUCCAAUCAAUGGGACAGUACGGUCAGGGCGAACUACAGAAGAUUGCCAAAGCAAUGAACACAACUGGAAAGCUUCUGUCUGCAUCAUCUGCUCCGAAAGUAGCCGAACAGCCGAAGAACGAAACCAGAAUGUUUAAGUUCGGAGAGCUUCAAGUUGAACUGACUGCCGAUAAGGCGAACAUCGGUGCAGCAAUUGGUGUCGUAUUUGGAGUAAUUUCAUGGCAACUGGGUCAGGGCGUUCAGAGCAUUCCUGAGAGUUCUCUGCAGUAUGCAAAUGACAAUGCUUUACUUCUAGCCAAGUCAUUGAGAGGUGCUCUACUGGCGGUUUCGUACUCGUCGACGGUUUUGUCUGCUUUUACUGCUGUGGGAUUAGUCUUACUUGCUAGACAACUUAAAUCAAAGGAAGAGAUUUGGAACAACAAUUUGAUUAGCCAAUCAAAUUGGUUCAUCUCUCCUAAGUGGGAUCAUAUUGAAGCAUUUCACUUUCAAAAAUAAAGUUCCAUUUAUGAACGUUGUAGUCACGGUCAUGCUUGUUCAAAGCAUGUUGUCUCUAGCUGCAUGUCGGAUGUUUCGGUCAUGUUUGUCUAGGACGUGUUGUCCAUGAUCGGAUAUGCAUUCCAAACCCUCUUUUACUUGCUUUCAUGUUAAAUAAGUGUUUAAUAUUUCCUGUUGUAUCAAUACGGAGUUGUUGUGUCAAAAUGUACUAGUUGUCACCCAUCAAGGCUAAAAUGCCCCAAAAUGUACUAGUUGUCAAAUCUUUCUACCCGGUUAUAUGCUAUCAAAGUUGUUGUUG